GCAAUAUUCGCGGUCGGACGCAAAACAAAAGCGGGCUGCGCUCUCCCGGAUAAUCGUUACUCAAACUGCGUGCUGCAAAAGGACAAUUCAUACGAGGACACAUCGUUUGUGUUUAUUGUUUGGUCGCGAAUGUGGAUCACCCGAUGGCGCAAUAUGACUUGAUGCUGAGUGCUGAUAUGCUGAAGUUUUGAUUACGACAAUCAAAUGCGCAGCGUGAUGAAGAUGAGGUCGACGUGCGGGUUCUUCGUCUGCAUAGCAGCGGUGUGUUUUGCGACUGUGUCGGCAGUGAUGCCGAGUAAUCUAGGCGGUGUAGACUCGCAGAUUGUAUGCGCUAAACACAAAAGUCACUCGGCGAAUUUCAAUGAUGAUCUGGGUGGCGCUGCUGAGGAUGAUGGCAGUGGUUUCGAACGUUGUGAGAGUGAAAAUAGCCAUUGUUAUACUUUCUGGACGGAGGAUGCUAUCAAUGGGACUAUUCACAUCCUCGGACAAGGAUGUUGGGUAUCCUCCGGAGACUCGCACGAUUGUCAAUCGCAGUGCAUCGCUGAUAAGAAACCAACGAAGGCGAUGAAUAAUACAAUGUUCUGCUGUUGUCGCGGUAACAUGUGCAACAAUAACUUCUCCUACGUGCCGGCGAAAGAAAUACCCUCACCAUCACCUCCUACAGAAGCAUUACCUCGACAUUCCGUGACGCUAUACUUCUGGGGUUUUGUGUCACUAGCUGCAUUGUCUAUCAUCCUCGUCACUCUGAUUCUCUGGAGACUACGACCUGUGAAGAGUGACAUUGAGAUGGGUGAUACUCAAAUAUCACCACCACCGCAGUUUAACUUAAAUAAGUUGAAUUUGAUUAAAACUAUAGGUCAAGGAAGAUAUGGCGAUGUGUGGCAUGGAACAAUCGAGGAUCAAGACGUUGCUGUAAAAGUCUUCCGGCCGCACCAUCGUAACUAUUUCCUCAACGAACACGAGUUGUACAAAGAAGCUGGUGAUAACAUGGCGCUUGUCAAGUGUUUCGGUGGUGGUGAAUUGCCUAACACUCCAAACGGUACACCUCAAUAUGGACUUAUCCUUAGUAUGGAGCGUGAAUGCCUGCAGGAGUAUCUAAAGAAGCAUACACUUGAUUUAUCAACACACGCACGUAUGGCGCUUGGUGUCGCCAAAGGAUUAGCUCAUUUGCACUCGGAUAUAGGCAAAGCAUGCAUUGCGCAUCGUGACUUGAAUACGCGCAACAUCCUCGUGCGCGCUGAUCUAUCCUGUUGCAUAUGCGAUCUGGGCCUGGCUGUAAUCCCGCGCAAAACCGAGAAUCGCUCCUUGAGUGAAGCAGGCACUCUGCGGUACAUGGCACCUGAAGUACUAGAAGGUGCUGUUAAUCUUCGUGAUUGUGAGAGUGCACUCAAACAAAUAGACGUAUACUCUCUCGGGUUGAUCCUGUGGGAGUUGGGCACGCGGUGCACUGAUAUGCAAAACGCUGAACCAGCGCCGUAUGCACAGCCAUUCGAGAAAGAAAUCGGUGAGCGUCCAACACUGGAACAGAUGCAGACACUUGUAAGUCGGCAUAAAGCACGACCAUUGUGGCCUGCAAGCUGGAAAGACACAGCUCCAGCGAGAUUCUUAGCUGAAACAGCCGAGGAUUGCUGGGAUCAAGAUGCAGAAGCUCGUUUAACAUCACUAUGCGUUGUAGAAAGACUUCUAGAGUUGCCGAAUCUAAAAGGAAGAUUCCUGCAUCCAAUGCAUCAACCUUCAAGUCCAACUCCACUGAUAAACAACAAUCACCUACAUGAUAACAUUGAUGCUUCCAUCGGAACGAUCGAGACUCUUCUCUCGCCAACAGAAGAGUAUUGCAAGAAUUCCAAUGAGUUGGCCACAUGCAUCACACCAUUACAACCCUAUCAGGGAAGAAAUCCAUGCAUGGAGCGUAAUUUACUGACUGGUUCAAGCGAUAGUCUUUUAAUUGAUAAAUCCUCCAAACAUUGCACCAGCUCUGAAUCGCAGAAUCUAAUCAGUAACGAUUAUCUGAAUUAUCAUCAGAUUAAUCAUAGAGCUAUGCCUAUUCCGUAUGUUCAAAACUGCGUACGCGAGUGUAAUGUAAUUAUGCCUAAACAUAACAAUGUUGAAGUGACGCCGGCUUCGUCGAAAUCCUCAGCGAAAGGGCGCUGGUCCGGGUUGAAGAAAAUCUUCAAAACGGGGCGGAUCGUACGGAAAGACACACAGGUUACAAUUGCGCCUGAUAAAUUAGUGAAUGGGAGGCAUCAGCAGGCGGUGACGACGAUUUUAAAUGAAAAACAACGUCCAUCGACGUUGCCUUUACUUCCAUCGCGGCAUGAUAAUGUUAAUAUGAAGACUUCUGGGAUAAGUCAGCUUUUAAUACAUGAUGACGAUGCGUUCUCUAGACAAAGAUCUUUGGAACAGUUUUCUGAAGUAUUUUCUUCUACAAGUGACCUGUCCAGGUUGAAGAACCCUUCGGAAAGAGUGAAAACUCCUGGAGAUGUUCCACCAUCAGUGCGGAGGACGCGUGGGAAAGCUGCGAAGGAUUCUUCAGCGCGUUUUAGUCUCUACGAUGAUAGAAUGAUGGUAUGUCAAUGGGGCAGCGCUCCCGACUUGGAACCACCGUUUGUUCCACUCCGACCGCCUCAGUUGAAGGAUGUGCAGGACACUGGUAGCGUGAGCAGUUUCUAGAAACCCACAUAUAAACAUUUUAGUUGUACAACAAAUAUUAAUCAACAUUGUGAAUGGUGUGAUGUCGAACGGCGUAGUAGUGUUAUGAAUGUGUAAAUAUCGGUCGCCCCGCAGGAGAUUGUUCAGUUACUUGUUUGUUAAUUUAUUCUUGUUCAGUUUGUGAUGUAAAUUUAACGAUGAGAUGGCGAGCGGCGGCCUAUUGUACUAAUGUACCGUACUGUUUAGAGGUUUAAAGAUUAGGUUAGGUGUGUAAAUGGCCUCGAAGAUGGCGGCUAAUGUAACAACAUGCACACACACACACACGAAACACGAAUGAAGCACCAACGUACUCGUUAGCAAUUAGGUUUUUGACUGAAAGUACACAACAAACACAAAUAAUCUUAGUGAAAACACUUAUGCGAUAAGGGUUAAUACUUGUAAAUGUUUGCGUAAUGUAAGUUAAGUUGAUCGUGGGGCUCUAAUCAGUUGAAACCAAUCGGACUUGAUCUCAGAUGAGUGGGGACUGGUAAUUCCGUCUUGAGAACUCUAUUGUCAAUAAGUGGAUUUUGGUUUCGAAUAUUCAAUGAACAAAAUGCCUUGUAAUCGGUUUUCUAUUGUUUUACAAAACUAAAUUGCAAGUGUUGGAAGGAAUUCUUCCAAUCAAUGUGAUUUUACACAUUCGAGGAGACUGGCGUAUCGUAGUAGAUUUUUGAUAAUUCCGGCUCAAUAUUGAAAAACGAAACAAAAAUGCCCACCAAUUUAACAUUUUACACAAAUAGAUAGAGCCCUAACAGCUGAUACAAUGAUAAAAUUAUACAAAUUCUCAAUUAAUAACUUAAACUUACAUUUUUUGAUUAUACAAUAAUUGCAUAUACGAAGUUGUUGUAACAAUAACAUUAUUAGAGCGUACACUAAACGUAAAGCAGACUAAGCUACAUUUUUUCAUACAAAAACGCGUGUACGAGACGCUAAAAGACAAAAAAAUAAAUUAUUCUAAAGUUAA